AUGUCUUCCCAACUUCCCGCACACCUGAAAGCCUCCCUCGAGGCUUCCAAAUGCGAAUAUCGCAACUUGGGAAAAUCCGGUCUUCGUAUUUCAGUUCCCAUAUUUGGAUGUAUGAGCUUCGGCGAUAAGAGAACUCUUCCCUGGGUCAUUGGCGAAGAAGAGGCACUUGAUCUUCUCAAAGCGGCUUAUGAUGGCGGUCUCAACACCUGGGACACCGCCAACACGUACAGUAAUGGUGUUUCGGAAGAAAUCAUUGGCAAGGCUUUAAAGAAGUUUAAUAUUCCGCGCCACAAGGUUCUCAUUUUAAGUAAAUGUCGCUGGGCGGUUGGUGAAGAGCCAAAUGCGCGCCAUAUCAAUUACAAAGCCGAAUUCGAAGCCUCAAAAGACUACCAAAACCAAUACGGUCUCUCCCGCGCCGCAAUCUUCAACCAAGUCAAUGCAUCCCUCAAGCGUCUCGACACCGACUACAUCGAUCUACUGCAAAUUCAUCGCUACGACGAAUUAACUCCCCUUGAGGAAACCAUGAAGGCGCUUCAUGAUCUGGUUCAAUCGGGUAAAGUCCGAUACAUCGGUGCAAGCAGCAUGUGGGCGACACAAUUUGCGCGAAUGCAGUUUGUCGCUGAGAAGAAUGGCUGGACGCAGUUUAUUAGUAUGCAGAACCAUUACAACCUUUUGUAUCGUGAGGAAGAGCGCGAGAUGAUCCGGUACUGUAAUGAUACAGGCGUGGGCAUUAUUCCUUGGGCGCCAUUGUGUCGAGGUCAUCUCGCUCGCCCGCCAACUCAGUUUGGGUCCACGGACCGAAGCAAGGAUGAAAAGGCGAGCUCAGGCGAGCUGUCACCUGUUGAUAACAAGAUCAUUGGGAGGGUUGUGGAAAUUGCAGAGAAGCAUGAAUGGCCUAUGGCACAUGUAGCGUUGGCGUGGAUUAACCAGAGGGUUACGAGUCCGAUUAUCGGAUUUAGCAGUGUUGAGAGGAUUGAACAGGCUAUUGGUGCGAGGGGAAAGAUUUUGUCGGAGGAGGAGGUCAAGUAUCUGGAAGAGUUGUAUGAGGCCAAGCCCAUUGCUGGACAUACUUAG